AUGGCCGGCUAUCUUGAUCGGGAGCACGCGCGUUCGAGUCUCCCACCAAUACAGCGGAAUCUUCCGCCAGUGGACUCGGGUUGCAAAUUAAAUUUCCCACCGUCCGUUUGGACAUCGGCCGUUUGUUGGCCAUCCUGCCGGCGGCUGUCCCGUCUCACCAUCCUGACAGUUUGCCAUCCUGACAGCGGCUAUCCCGAGGGCGCGAAUCCUCGCUCUCCGAGGAAGUCCGUCUCAACGACUGUACGGGAAGUCCGCCGCAACGACUGUUUGGGAAGUCCGCCUCAACGACUGUUCGGGAAGUCCGCCUUAACGACUGUUUGGGCACCGCCAUUCAAGUUGGGGGAUUUUGUCGAUGUUUCCGCUCGUUUGGAAUUGAGCACGCUAUUUUACCGACGUUUGAGACGGCACGCUAUUUUACCGAAGUUUGGGGCUGACACAGAUCAUCCACCACUAAAAAGAUCAAAAAUAACAAGUCCAAGUGAUUAUAAUGAUGAAGAUAGCGACUUAGAUGGAAUGCUGAGCCAAGUGUCAAUAACUACCACAGUUGACGCCCACAGCAUAGUUGAUUUCAACUCAUCCAAGAAUGAGGAACAAUCGGAUAAUAGCGAUGGGGCUGGAAGUAAUAAUUCUGAGGACAACACAAAUGAUGUCCGUAUUGAAAGGAACGUUGAUGACCCACUCAAAAUCAAAGUCAGCAAAAUGCCUCUACUUGAUGGUACAUUUUUCUCAGUCAACAUGGAGCAAUCAAGUUUGGAGGGACCACUUUGUGCAUAUUGCAUGACGUGUAAUAAAUUGCUUUCAGCGACAUUUCGAACAACGUCAAAUUUCACGUCGCAUCUCAAGAGGAUGCAUUCACAAGAUCAUAAGAGAUACACAGAAUAUGCAAAUCGAAAUCGAAAACGAAGUGAUUUGGUCGUCGAUAGGAAACGGUGGUCAUGUACUUUCGAUCAAGACAUAUUUGAGGAAAAUGUCACCAAUCUCGUUUUGAAAUUUAUGCUGCCAUACCGAAUAGUGGAGGAUCCAGCUUUCCAGAAAAUUUUGAAUGAUUUCAAUUUCAAAAAGGGCGACUCGACAAUUCAACACUUGACCCGUUACUCUUUGGGAAAGAGAGUCGAAAUGAAUUUGACAAAAACAAUGGACGAUGUCCGUGGAAGCAUAAGACUUUUGAUUGGAGAAAAUGGCGUAGUUUGUACCACGGCUGACGUGUGGACAGGAGGAGCACGCCGGUUUUUGGGCGUUACAGUGAGCUGGAUUGAUUCCAAAACAUUGAAAAGGAAGUCGGCAGCUCUUGCCUGCAAAAGGUUCUCUGGCACGCAUUCUUACGAUGCCAUUGCGAAUCUUCUCUCCGAUGUCCAUACAUCGUUUGGAUUGACUCCGGAAACGAUAAGGGCGACCGUUACAGAUAAUGCCAGUAAUUUCGGAAAGGUGUUUCGAAAACUAGGGAUUGAGGAAUCAGAUAUCAUUCCGUCAGGCAAGUGUGAAGGCAAAACUCCUUUAAAAUGUCCUCCCUCCGUAAACACUGCAUUCCCUGCCUGUAUCUUCUCAGCGUUAUUGGAAUUUUAGAAAAACCAGCGUAUUCGAGUAUAUAAGA